AUGUCUUCUAAUUCUAACUCUCCUUAAUCAAAACCCUCUCUUGUUGAAAUCUAAAGCAAAGUCUUUCUUGAGAGUAUGAUGUCAUUAAGAGACUCAAAAAUGGAUGAUAAUACUUUUUGCGAUGAUGAUUUAGUAUUUGGAGAUGAAGAUGACCAUUAAAUUAGUACUUUAAAUAUUCUUUCUAACAGUGGCUCUGCUUCUGGAAGAAUGAGCAGGCUCGAAUGCAUACAAGCAGAAGUAGAAUAAGAAAAAUAUUAAUGUAUGAACUAAAUGGAAUAAUAAAACCAAUACAAUAACCUAUCUAGCUAAGAACAAAAAAAAUGCUUAUAAUAAUAGAAGUAAAAAAGUUAUGAGAGACUAGCUCAAUCUAGUAAGCUUGACAAGGUUAUGGAUCAAAUUAAAUUUGAAGAGAAAAUACAGGCUAUUAUUGAAAAACAAUACUACAAGUAGCUCUCUCAAUAAUGUAGUGAGAAUAUAUAUGAGCUUUUUGAAAUUCCAGAGAGAAACGAAUCUCAAUAUUAUGGUGUAAGUCCAAGAAUGUAUUCAAGCUUGUAAUUUGCUUUUAAUUGA